GGUCCCUGGAAGACACCGAGGACACAAGCAGCCGGUUCCUUCCCAUCAAGCAGAUCUGGAUACGCCCUUGCCAAUUUGAUGAAAGUGCAACGUUGGAGCGCAUGAGAGAACUGCUGAGCCAGGUGGCCAGAAGUGGGCAGGGCUUUUCAGAAAGAGUAGCUACGUUAUGGAGAGAGGGAAUGAAGAAUAUACUACAAUGGAGAUUUCAUAGAAAGGGCCUCUCAUCCUUGGAUGAUCCUGGAAACCCCUUGGUGCACAUCCCAUACUUUGGAGAUCACUGGUGAAGAAGACAGGAAGAUUAUUGGAGAUGCUGAAAGCAAACACAGUACUCUCCAAUGCAGCAAUUACCAGCCACGACCUUUUGGGUUUUGAGGCUGCUUCCUAGGAAUGUCCGUUCCUUGGCUACAUCAUCAGGGAAUCAGAGAGUUGAGGCUUGCCACCAGCACCACGAGGCCUGUGGGUACUUCUUGCUCAUCCAGACGAGGUGGCAGGACAAUGACCAGUACGGCCGUGGGAACAGUGCUGUGUACUACAGCUACUUAGACACGAUGAUCAACCCGUACCCGAUGAGAUAUUGCGGCCUGAAAACGGGCUUGCUGAUGUCCCCCAUGGUGGGGUUCAUAGUGACCAAUCAGUGCACCUUCCACUCACCGGUCGGCUUUCCUCAGAUCGCAGUGGCUGUGUUGGUCAUGGAGAAAGUUGGUCAUUCCAGCGUGCAUUACCGCCUUGCUCUGUUUACCCCCAAGCCCACCAAGGAGCCACCUUCCGUCGAUCUCCGGCACCUCAGUGAUGGCUUUUUCUUUGGCCACCCCAAGCUGGCGCAGUUUGCCGCUUUGGCCUGUACCACUGGGUCUUCAGUCCAUGUCUUUGUGAAUCCAGCCAUCAGCAAGCCGGUGGGCCUUCCUGAAGACUUCCGGCGGGGCUUCCUGUGGCUGAUGAGCCCGGCUCCAGUGUGAAGGGGCCUUAGAGCUGUCAUGUUUUCAGAAUCUAUGGGCAGAUGGUGGUGACAAAGCUGCCUGGAUCCAGUCAUGCUCCUGCCUCUGCAGUCCGGACUUGGAGGGGACUGUUGCACCAGGAGCUGUGGACAGAGAAAUGGCUUCUUACGCUCUGCCAGUCCCAUACCGCACCCAUCAUUUCCAAUGCUCCAGCCUCCUCUGCAUUUAGCCCAGAUUUACCUUAUAGGUGAGCGGUGUGUCCACUACCCAUCCAGUGGCUCAAGGCCAGAAAACGGAUGCCACCCUUGACUGCCCCCUCCUCUCCCCCACCCACCCUGACGCUGAGCCAAAAGCAAGCGCUGUCAGUCCCACCUCCAACGUGGCUCUGCGUUUACCCUCUCCCGCUGUGCCUGACUUAGGCGCGCACGGCCACCCUGUGCCCCUGGUCUUGCCAUCCGUGCCUCAGUUAUGUUCUCUGCCCUACUGCCAGUCCAACUUUCCUAAUGAAUUUUUGGGAUGAUGACAUUUCUACCAUGUACAGAAUAACGUCUAAUCUCCACCUCACAGAGGUCCUUCCUGCUCUGCCCUCGGCCUCCUCGCCACUCCCACCUCCCACUUUUCCUGCCCUGUCCCUUUACUGUCCCAACACCCCGAAUCCACAAGAACAGAUUUCAAAACCUGUAUAAGCAGGCUGUUCUCUCUUCAGAUGCCUUUCCCUGCUUAUACUCCUGGUAACCUCUGAGUCGUGCCACAAGCUCUGGUCAGGUGACUUCCCAAACCCCCAAGUUACUUUCUCCAACCCGAAGCCUUAGGGAGCUCCUUUUCUCCGAGAUGCGGCCAUUGUGGCUUACAUGCCACCAUCACAGCAAUUAUGCGUAGCACCUGCUUAAACCUCUCCCCUCCGCAUAUGAUUAUAAGUACUUUAUGGCCUAGAACGUAAGGUUUUAUUUUUGUAGUUGUCAGGUAUCUAACACGGUACCUGGAAUACAGUAGCCUUUCAAAUGUUAGUUGUGUGAAUAAAUGGAUGCAGACUGACAUAUAU